ACUUUCUUCAGCAAACUUUUCUUCCCCAUUCCCCAAAACAAAAACUUUCCAUUUCCCAUUCUCGUGCAAUCCCACAUUUGUGCAUUUUCUUCCUUCCCAAUUCCCCAUAACUUCCCAUCUACCUACCUAUCCACCUAGCACAUCUUCAUCCUAUAACCCCACACUUUUAUUAUUCACACACAACAUCUUCACAAAAAAAAAAAAACAACCUUAAUUUGAUUCUUUCCACAUAUAACUCCUAUCUUUCAGGAUGGAAUAUUCCAAUGGAAGCCACAGCAAUGGCAAUGGUUCGUUCAACCUUUGCAAUGGCGCCAGCGACCCACUUAACUGGGGCAUGGCUGCAGAAGCUUUGAAAGGUAGCCACCUGGACGAGGUGAAGCGCAUGGUGGAGGACUACCGUAACCCCUUGGUCACGUUAGGUGGGAAGACCCUCACCGUGUCUCAGGUGGCGGCGGUUGCCACCUGCCAUGACCGCCGCGUCACGGUGGAGCUCGCGGGGGAGAGCCGGCGGGGAGUGAAGGCGAGCAGUGAUUGGGUGAUUGAUAGCAUGAGCAGAGGCACCGAUAGCUACGGAGUCACCACGGGCUUCGGUGCAACCUCACACCGGAGAACCAAGCAAGGUGGUGCCCUCCAAAACGAACUCAUCAGAUUUUUGAAUGCCGGCAUUUUCGGUAAUGGUACAGAGGCUUCUCAUACAUUACCUUAUUCAUCUACAAGGGCAGCUAUGUUGGUUAGGGUUAACACUUUGCUUCAAGGAUAUUCAGGCAUUAGAUUCGAAAUUAUGGAGGCUAUUACCAAGUUUUUAAAUCACAACAUAACUCCAUGUCUUCCACUACGAGGUACAAUCACUGCAUCAGGUGACUUGGUUCCUUUGUCCUAUGUUGCUGGUCUUUUAAUCGGAAGACCAAACUCCAAGUCAAUUGGACCCAAUGGAGAAGUACUCAAUGCUAAAGAUGCCUUUAAAUUAGCUGAAAUUGAUGGAGGUUUCUUUGAGUUGCAACCUAAAGAGGGUUUGGCACUGGUUAAUGGCACUGCAGUGGGAUCUGGUUUGGCUUCCAUUGUUCUUUUUGAGGCAAACUUACUUGUUGUUCUUACUGAAGUUUUGUCUGCAAUCUUUGCUGAAGUUAUGCAAGGAAAACCAGAAUUCACAGACCAUUUGACUCAUAAAUUGAAGCACCACCCUGGUCAAAUUGAAGCUGCAGCUAUAAUGGAACACAUACUAGAUGGAAGCUCAUACAUUAAGGAAGCACAAAAGUUACAUGAGAUUGAUCCACUUCAAAAGCCAAAGCAAGAUAGGUAUGCUCUUAGAACAUCACCUCAAUGGCUUGGACCACAGAUUGAAGUAAUCAGACAUGCAACCAAGAUGAUUGAAAGAGAGAUAAACUCUGUUAAUGAUAACCCCUUGAUCGAUGUUUCAAGGAACAAGGCACUUCAUGGGGGUAAUUUCCAAGGUACUCCAAUUGGUGUUUCAAUGGAUAACACCCGUUUGGCCAUUGCAUCAAUUGGGAAGCUUAUGUUUGCCCAAUUCUCUGAACUUGUGAAUGACUUCUACAAUAAUGGUUUACCUUCAAAUCUAACAGCUGGUCGCAAUCCAAGCUUAGAUUAUGGAUUCAAAGGUGCUGAAAUAGCAAUGGCAUCAUACUGUUCAGAACUUCAGUAUCUGGCGAACCCUGUCACUAAUCACGUGCAGAGUGCUGAGCAACAUAACCAAGAUGUGAAUUCCUUAGGCUUGGUUUCCUCAAGAAAGACUGCUGAAGCAGUAGAAAUAUUAAAGCUCAUGUCUUCCACUUUUUUAGUUGCAUUAUGUCAAGCAAUUGAUCUACGACAUUUAGAGGAAAACAUGAAGAACGCUGUUAAGAACGCUGUGAGUCAAGUGGCCAAAAGAGUUCUCACAACUGGCAUCAAUGGUGAGUUACACCCUUCUAGAUUCUGUGAGAAGGACUUGCUUAAAAUUGUUGAUCAUGAAUACGUCUUCGCUUACAUUGAUGACCCCUGUAGUGUAACUUACCCUUUGAUGCAAAAGCUGAGAUCAGUUCUGGUUGAUCAUGCAUUGCAAAAUGGUGAGAAAGAGGCAAGUUCAAGUACCUCAAUCUUCCAUAAGAUAAGAGCCUUUGAGGAAGAACUCAUAACCCUUUUGCCCAAGGAGGUAGAAAAUGCUAGGGUUGAAGUUGAGAAUGGAAAUUCAAGUAUUCCUAAUAGAAUUAAAGAAUGCAGGUCUUACCCAUUAUAUAAGUUUGUGAGAGAAAGCUUGGGUACAAGUUUGCUAACAGGGGAGAAGGUGAAGUCACCUGGUGAGGAAUGUGACAAGGUUUUUACUGCAUUAUGUGAAGGAAAGUUUAUUGAUCCUAUGAUGGAUUGCCUAAAGAAGUGGAAUGGUUCUCCUCUACCAAUAUGCUAAGAUUCUUCUACCCACUUAUAAAUACAAACUUUCAUUUUUCUUUCACUGUAAUGUAUGUUAUUGUAAUCAUAGUAAAUAUAAUAUAUUUCAAACUGUGAUCACAAAAAUUGUAUUUUAAUUUAA